AUGUGUGCAGAGCCUCCCUACUGCCAGAGUACAUUUAAAGAGAAUAAAGGGAACGAGGAGGGAAGUUCAGGGAAGUUCAGCUGGAAGCUUUCUCUACUGUUUCUGUUUACCUGUUCUGUUGCUACAAGAUUUUUUGGCCCCAACGUGACAAUUCAGGUCUUUCUGACCGAUCAGAAGAGGAAGUGAAAAAAUUCCCCUGACAUGAACAAUUGCACUUCAGUGCUCAGAUUUCAGUCCUGAGCGUGGAGCUGGAAGGCAAGGAGGAAACUCUUAUGGUGAAGAAGACUUGGAGGGGGAGAAGCAGAGAAGAGGACACGUCCAGUGAGAUCGUUUGCCUUUUGUACUAGAGGAAGGAGUCCUGGGACAAUUUUUAAAAUGACGCUGAAUGUAAAAAAUGGGUGUGAAGGGAUCUUGAAUGCUUCAGGAUAGGAAGAAGGGGACUGAAGGAAUACAGGCCGCAAGCAAGAAGGGGACAGAAUGGGGAACUGCUGUUGGAAAUAUUGUGCUUGUCUGGAGCCCUAUAUGCCUUGGCUUUUCAAUUGUGGGACUGAGGAUAAGUCUAACCCAACUACCACCAAUUCGACUGUGACGCCAGACUCGUCGAACACCAUCUGUAUACACAUCCCAGACCCACCGCCUCUUCAUCCAUCAAAGCAGACUUGCAAAUAUGUGGCCCUGUUUGAUUACCAAGCCCGUACAGAGGAAGACCUGAGCUUCCGAACUGGAGAUAAGCUUGAAGUGCUGGAUAAAUCUCAAGGGAGCUGGUGGUUUGCGAAGCUGCUCGUGGAGAACGGGUCUGCUAAGCAUGGACAGAAGCGGCAAGGUUACAUCCCUGCCAACUAUGUGGCUCCUGACCAGAGCAUUGAAGCUGAACCGUGGUUUUUUGGUGGUAUUAAACGAGUGGAUGCUGAAAAACGGCUACUAUAUCCUGAAAAUCAGGAUGGAGCUUUCCUGAUCAGAAACAGUGAAAGUCAAACUGGUGAAUUCUCCCUUUCAGUACGGGAUGGGAAGGUUGUGAAGCACUACCGAAUCCGACGUCUGGACAAUGGCGGCUUUUUUGUGACGAAAAGGAAAACUUUCCCAACCUUGAAUGCUUUUGUCAGAUACUACAGUCGUUCCAGCGACGGGCUGUGCGUAAAGCUUGGGAGGCCAUGUGUAAAGACAGAAGUUCCAGCAACCUAUGAUUUGUCAUACCAAACUGUGGAUCAGUGGGAGAUAGACCGAAAUUCCUUACAGCUCUUAAAAAGACUAGGUUCUGGCCAGUUUGGCGAGGUCUGGGAAGGAUUAUGGAACAAUACCACACCGGUGGCAAUUAAGACGCUAAAACCAGGUUCAAUGGAUCCAAAAGACUUCCUCAGGGAAGCACAGAUAAUGAAGAAUCUGAGACACCCAAAGCUCAUACAGCUCUAUGCUGUUUGCACUUUAGAGGAUCCAAUUUAUAUUAUUACAGAACUGAUGAGACAUGGAAGUCUGCUAGAAUACCUCCAGAAUGAUGCAGGAGCCAGGAUCCGUUUGCCACAACAGGUGGACAUGGCUGCUCAGGUUGCCUCAGGAAUGGCUUACCUUGAAUCUCAGAACUACAUUCACCGUGACUUGGCAGCCAGAAAUGUCCUUGUCGGUGAUCACAAUGUUUACAAAGUGGCAGAUUUUGGACUUGCACGAGUUUUCAAGCUAGGAAAUGAAAAUGUGUACGAAGCCAAACAUGAAACAAAACUGCCUGUGAAAUGGACUGCUCCUGAAGCAAUCCGCUCCAAUAAGUUUAGCAUCAAAUCUGAUGUCUGGUCAUUUGGAAUACUCCUGUUUGAAAUAACUACAUACGGAAAGAUGCCUUAUUCAGGUUUGACAGGCGUUCAAGUACUCCAGAAACUGGAUCAAGGGUACAGAAUCCCUCAACCAGAAAACUGUCCCCAAGAGCUGUAUAACAUCAUGCUGCAAUGCUGGAAUGUUGAGCCCAAAGAACGACCCACCUUUGAAACGUUGCAUUGGAAACUGGAAGAUUAUUAUGACAUGGAUUCUACGUCCUAUGCAGAUGCAAGUGCUUUCAUAAAAUGAAUGACACAAUCUUGCUGCUGGUCAUUUAAGUGAGGAUGACACCCCCCAACUGUGUUCCUUUAGCAAAUAUGUUCCUUCUACAUUAUAAUGUCAAAUUGUAGAACAUAUAUUCAUACACACAGACACACAAUGGACCAAGGUGUGUGCAACAUAUACGCCUAACAUCACCACAGUCUGUUUCUUCCAUUGCCAAUGAGAGCAAUUCGGUUGUUAGGCUGCCAAGCCAUCAAGCUAUAUAAAGCUGCUAUAUCUCUGCAGCUUUUCCAAAGUAACUUUGGGAGCAUUCUAACCUCAAAGUAGAUGAAUGGAGAGGUUAAAAUGGUGAUGAAUAGUAAGGAAUGAGUUCUUAUUAAAACCUGUGACAAUGCGCCAAGAUCUUGAUGGCAUCAGCUUAUCUUAAUAGAUUAAGCAAACUGAAAGGCAGGAUUUCUUAAAAUAACUUUUUGAUGUACAAUGAAGUUUCUCUUCUAUUUAUUAUUUAAACAGGAGAUGGCAAAAAGCAACAAUAACACAAAUCAUCAACAGAUAGCUUCUGCACAAUAGGCAAUAAAACACUGCACUUUUUAUGUAUAGAAUUGGUUAUUUGUUACUCUUCAGAUUCCACUGCUUAUCUGCUAAAUCCCAUCAAUCAGUGAUUAUGAAGGAAUGUGAUUGCUGUUAUGCACAGCAGGACCUGUGCAUCAAGAUGUUUUCCUUUUUCUCCUCUGAACAUCUCGUGGCUACAAUUUUGGUAAUGUUGCCUUGAGCGUCUUCAUUGUACAUGGAAUAAAUGUAUGUUUGCUUGAGAGGGGGGGAAACUGAUAGUACAUAGAAAAUACAAACAUUUGUCAGAAAUAAAGUGAUUCUUGAAAGAAGGUCUGCGUUACGGUACGUUGAUGAGCCAAAGAUCAUAAAUGUUUUCCUGUGAAUUGCUUUUGUGAACCCAGCAUAUGCCACUGCAGUAGAUCCUUUAUUUGUUUUAGGGCUCCAUUCAUUCAUUCAUUUUUGCAUUUCUUCCAAACAGUGCAUUGAAAUACUAUGGAAGAAGUCCAAUUGAACCCACUGAUUAUUUUGCUUUUAUCUUCUCCAUAGAACGCUAUCCCUGUUUGGGCUUGCUGUGGACACCAGCAAUACAACAGAUCUGUUGGUGUUUGCACCAGUGUUGAGUGGUUGGGCCCUUCAUCCAAGGCUCCUAUUUUAUGCAGUGGCUAUGGAUAAAAUAGACUGUAUUUGUGGGAAUAUGGUAGCGCUCGAGUGCAAUACUGAUAGUGACAUCUGUUUUGUCCUGCCAUGGAUGCCAUUUGUUUAGAAUGGUUGCCUAUAAAAUGUCUCUCUCUGUGUGUGUAUGUAUGUAUGAUGUGCUUACUUUUUAAAGAAAGGAAAUAAUUUAAAAUUGUUUAUUGUUUACAUCUUUGGGUGUUAUUUUGGGCUGGAUUGUUUUCUAUAUGCAUAUGCUGCAGUUGACUCCAAGGGAUCCUCACACAACAGGGUUGAUGUUGCCAGCCUUCAUGCAACGUUUGCAGACAUCUUUAUAACACAGAUGUGGUCUGCCAAUGGGCCUGGUGCCUGAAGCCAGCUCCCUGUAGAGCACAUCCCUGGGGGUCCUGCAAUCUUCUCUUGUAUGUACACGACCAAAACAGCAUAGACGUCGCCCAGACAGGAAUGGGAAGAUGCUAGGAAUGUGGACUUGGGAGAGGACAU